AUGACCCCCGCAGAAAGGCGAGCAGUGUCUGUUGAUCGUCGGGCCCACACGUUCAUCCGCGCGCCUUCGCAGCCCAGGGCAUUUCCGAGAGCCAGCGCUCCCGAGCUUCCCUUUGAGAAGGUGGGCGAGUCGACGCUUGACAGGAUCACCUCAUCCUUUGAACAAAGACCGGUCACCAGCCUCGAUCAGAUGGUGCAAUCAGCGACAGCCGAAACAUUCGUCCGUGCUGACCAUUUCCCCGACAAUGUUUCCCUCUCAGAUACUCACUCUGUCACCACAUCGCAAUACGAUGUCAUGAUCCAGGAGGAGCUUGAGAGGACGUGGAUACUUAACCUAAGCAUGCACUUCCGAGACAAGUCCAAGCGUGAAAAGUUCUUUGUCACUUACCGUGACAAGGAAACCUCCUGGAGGCGGGUCACAAUCUCGUUGGAUUACCGCAAUGCCCCAGAAAACUCACUGGAGAUGGAUCUUGCGCAUACCAAACUUCAACGUGAGAAGAGUGCUAAGAUUUAUGAGGCUAUCCGAGAAAGCCUGCAGGACAUACAGUUCUACGAAACCGUCACAAACCUGAAGCUGCAAACCACAGACGGUCGUCUGCACGUCCAUGUUAUGGAGGACAGAAACGUCUGCCCCCUUGCUCCCCCUUUCAACGAGAUCAUCAACUACCCCACUGUUCGACAGGUACAACACCUCGGAUGCCAGAGGAUCAGGGAGCGAGACAUCAAUUUUGACUCGCACAUGUCCGGCUUCGUUUACAAAGUCAGUGUUGGCCAAGAGGUCCUCAUCAAAAAGGAAAUUCCGGGACCUGACACCAUCGACGAGUUCCUGUAUGAGAUCAAUGCACUCAAUCGACUUCGCUACUCGAGGAACGUCUCCUCAUCAGCUUUGCUGGGCAAGGGGCACUUAUCGACCUUCUGUUUCGUACAGGGUGACUUUACCCUUUCAAACAUUGUCAUUGACGACGAAGGCGAUGCCAAGAUCAUAGACAUCAACAGACGAGGGUGUCCCGUAGGUUGGGAACCUCCAGAGGCAACGCCACUUAUCGAGAGCGGCCAGCGGAUUUCGAUGUACAUCGGUGUCAAGUCGGAUCUGUACCAGCUUGGCAUGGUUCUAUGGGCCCUAGCUACGCAAGAAGACGAGCCUGAGACUCAUGGGCGCCCCCUCAUCCUAGAACACGACGUUGACGUCCCCCACUGGUACCGCGAACUCGUUGGAUUCUGCUUGAGUGAUGAUCCUCGACACCGACUGCAGGCUGCGUCUCUUCUCACUCUAUUCCCUGAACCCGCUGUCCGUCAUGACACCGGAAACGAUCUUCCCUCAAUCUCGGUAGAUGAUGGGUACUCCAUGAAAGAGUAUUUCGUAGCCGACGAGAACGGCCAAUCACGCGUCAAGACUGUUGCGCAGCCCAGCGACUGGUCAUACGUGAAUCGGGGCCAAGCAGCAGGGUACCCACAGGAUCCGUACUACUAUACGAGAGGACGCUCGCCCCCGAGUCCUCUCCCGAGUCAUCACGGUCAAUUUGACGCCUUUUACAAGGGCUCCCAAGUCUCGGGCUGGGCUGGCGCUCGGAACAUCGCGCCCUCAUACAGCGACGUGGGGGCAGAUGAGAUGAUUAGAGGCAGAAGCAUCACCCCGAGGACGAGUAAAGAUUCUCUUGCAGGAGAAAGUCACAUGGAGUCGCGAGGUCACGCGACGCUUGGUGGCGUGUUUGAGACAAGUGAGGAGCCAUACUCGAUGGCCCCGGCCUCGCAGGGACUGCGACGGGAUUCUACCAGCUUGAUCCCGGAUGUCAAGGAUGAACUUGAUGCUGCAGUGACGCCCACGCCAAACACACCCGUGAAAGAGGAUCAGAAACUUUUAAACGACGACACUGUCCCGAUAUCUACGGCUCGAAUGCUACAAGCCAACGACGAGGACCAGCUGGUGGAGGUUUCCAAUCCGCUGGAGGAAACUGCUCAAGGCGGGAUAUGUGCAGCAACUCAAAAGCCUACAGAGAUAAACAGCGAGGCAGAGGCCACGACCAACAGCCAGCAGGCCCUCAAGUCAGAGGACUCGUUAAGUGUUGUGGAAACAAGCGUAACCACUGUAGCAGACACUCCAGGUUCGGGUCCACAGGACACGCACAGAACUCCACUUAAGCUUCCCACUCAACUAGAGCAACCAAGCAAGAACCCUGAAAGCAGCAGCGCAGGAACCGACAAGACGCAAUGCCACGCCAUGCUUGAGGAAACGGGCCCCGGGGAAGCAGAGAACGAUGCACAGAUGAAGUCUCACGAAACGCCGCCACUCAUCGACAAGACCGCGCCUUUGCCUGCAGAGGACGCUCUCUCGACAGUGCGGAACGUGAACAACGAUGAAAGUCCCCCGGCCGACGACCAUGGCGCUGACGGGACGGAGGGAGCCCUUGUUCCACCCAGUGGAUCUGACGGGCACGCGCCGCUCAACACAGGCUCCACAACGGAGCAGGAUAUACCCGUGAGGGAGGCCGAGGGCGAUGAUGAGACGGCUAAGGCGACGGGGCUUACAGUACCCGGAGGAGAGAAUGACGACAGCAAUGGAGGCCUUCCUGGGAGGCCUGAGGAUGGGGCAGCGGUCGGAAAUCAGCCCAAAGAGGUUUCAACAAUCUUGGAAGAAGGGAAAUUCGACCAAGAAGACACGAGAUCUGUUCAAGCUAUGCCUCAUCCGGCAGAGGCCGUGCCGUCCUCAAAACCUGAAGCAAAGCAGACAGAAGACGAAGAGAUUAUUGAUGAGAAACGUUCCGGCACGAACAUGCCUGUGGCCGAGACGAUCUCGGCAAUCACGACAGAAGGACCGGUAUGA